AUGUCUGCCAAGGAAACCGGCCGCAUCCGUGUAUCGGCCAAGCAGCUGGAUGAGUUCUGGCUCCACGAGCAAGCGCACAGUCCGACGCCACUCGGCAGCCGCAUUGGCGCGCUUCCUCUUGGAGUGUGGGGGGACGACGCACGCUACAACCGUAGCGGCCAAAAAAUAGUACUCAUAACCGUCAACUGCCUCCUUCACGAGAGUGCCAGAACUGAACUCAAACGCUACCCUCUGGUAACAAUUCGCGAGCACUCGGUGCAAACGAUCACGACUGGUAUGCUCCAUGAUCGUAGCUCUGAUGCCGGUGACCACGCAUGCCUUACGCUCAAGGCAUGGAAUGGAAGGAUCUUCCUGGCCUAUCUUGACCACUGCCUCAACCACCAACUGGAAUCAAAUCAGGCAUCUGGCCGUCACGAUCCGGAGCUGGUGCUGGCAACAGUGGCCACGCGGAGUUUGCUGUUGUGGUUUUGCGAGCAGGAAGGUGCACACAAACGAUACCUCACGGAGGAGCAAGCGAGGACCAUACAUCGGCAUGGUAUCCAGUAUCUGCAGUAUGCUGAAGCCCUGUCCCAGCAUGCCAGUGGUAACAACCUCUUGAGAUGGAAAGUUCUACCAAAGCAUCAUGACUCUCGGCUCAUUUUGUAA